CCUCCCUCUCCCUCACCCCCCACAAGACGGGCCAGGCCGGGCCUCGGUAGCCGGGUGGGAGAGGCCCCGGCCGGAAGGGCGAGAGACCAGCCAGCCAUCCCUACGCCGCCGCCGCCGCCGCCAGCCAGUCAGGAUGAUCAAGCUUUUCUCGUUAAAGCAGCAGAAGAAGGAGGAGGAAUCGGCCGGCGGCACCAAGGGCUCUAGCAAGAAAGCCUCCGCCGCGCAACUCCGCAUCCAGAAAGAUAUUAAUGAAUUGAAUUUGCCGAAAACAUGCGAAAUAGACUUUUCAGACCAGGAUGACCUCCUCAACUUCAAACUAGUUAUCUGCCCUGAUGAGGGCUUCUAUAAAGGUGGGAAAUUCGUUUUCAGUUUUAAAGUGGGACAAGGAUACCCACAUGACCCACCCAAGGUGAAGUGUGAGACCAUGGUGUAUCAUCCCAACAUAGACCUAGAAGGCAAUGUCUGCCUAAAUAUCCUCAGAGAGGACUGGAAGCCUGUACUAACAAUAAACUCUAUAAUUUAUGGCCUGCAGUAUCUCUUCUUGGAGCCAAACCCUGAAGACCCCCUGAACAAAGAGGCUGCUGAAGUCCUCCAGAACAACAGACGCCUGUUUGAGCAGAACGUCCAGCGCUCCAUGCGGGGCGGCUACAUUGGCUCCACCUACUUUGAACGCUGCCUCAAAUAGAACUGACCGGCUCCGGGCACAAACCUGCCCUCCCCAUGCCCCUUCAUCUCCCUUCCAGCUCUCCUAAGGGACUCUGCCAACACCGCUGCCUUCAGCCACCAAGGGGGGCACAGGAGUCAGGAAUUGGCAGGAGGCCCCCUCCAUCCUCCUUUCCCCGCUUCCUCGCCCACCUGCUCGCCUUCCUCCCCCCCCUACUGCCAUCCUGGGGCCCCAGCAGCUGCCGCCUCACUAAACCCUCGUACCUUUCUCGCCACUCUCCCUGUGUGCUGCUGCGGGGCGAGGGGUGAGGUUACUGCUGCUUCUCUGCCAUGCCCCACCGCAUUGGGGUAGCCACCUGUCCCAUGGGGCUGGGUGUGUGGGACCCCAUGAUGGUGCCCGUCUGCCUUUCUGGGGGCUGUGGUUUUGCUGCUAAGAACAGAAGGCUCCCUGUGUGCUCUGGUACCCCCUGCCUGCAGUGUGGUAUAACUGCACUGCAUGAUCCGCAGGCCAUUUGCCUCUCCUUUCCUCCUCCUUUGCUGGGCACCACAGCUUCCGAGCGUAACUAUUUAUUACACAAGGGAGGCUCUCGAGGGCUGGGUGAGUCUGGGAGGCUGAGAGGGGGUGUUCAGCCAUCUCCAUCCUGCCCCAGGCGCCGUGGCUCUGGGGAGGCUGGGUCAGGCCUGGAAUAUUCCUUUUAGAAUCAACUCACUUGUGUGUCUGGUUUUUAAGGAAAAAUAAAAAAACCACAACCAAAACAACCAGUGCUAAUAAUAGUAGUAGUAGUAAAAAUGUAAUGGGGGGCAUCGCUGUCUCCCAACUGUGUCCACCAGGGCCUGCCCAGCAACGAACACUCUCUGCCUCUCCAGUGACUCCUGCGAGCCCCUGGCCAAAAUAAAGCCACUGUACUUCUAGUGUGUCGGGUUAUUAAAGGGGAAUGUUAGCGCACUCAA